GCGCUUGCCACAAGAUCGUCUUCCUUGCCACAAGUUCUUCAUCCUUUUAACAGGAAUUAGGGAGCUUACAGGGGCCAGCUCUGCAAGGAAUCAAAAGGCUGCCCAGAGCCAUGGGGGAAUUGGCAGCGUCGGCAACUCUGGAGAAGCAGCGACUCACAGAAGAGGAAGAGAAGGCAGCGGACGGGAAGAGCUCGCAAAGCUUAGUUGUUGCGGUGCAGCCAAGACCAAGGAAAGGAUUAGUUUCUUCGGCGGUGGAUUGGCUCGAGAGAGUCAUAGUCUAUCUCAUGAACGAUUCCUCGAAGCCGCUCCACUACCUGGCUGGUAACUUCGCUCCCGUCCGCGACGAAACCCCACCCUCUGUAGCUCUCCCUGUCCACGGAUCUCUCCCCGUGUGCUUGAAUGGGGAGUUUGUCAGAGUUGGGCCCAAUCCAAAGUUUCCUCCUGUUGCUGGAUACCAUUGGUUUGACGGAGAUGGAAUGAUUCAUGGUCUGCGUAUCAAAGAAGGAAAAGCAACUUAUGUUUCUAGGUAUGUUAAGACGUCCAAGCUUAAGCAAGAAGAAUAUUUUGGAGGAGCAAAAUUUAUGAAGAUUGGAGACCUCAAAGGAUUAUUUGGUCUAUUUAUGGUUCAGAUGCAACUUCUUAGGGUAAAACUCAAAGUACUGGAUGCUUCAUAUGGAACAGGAACAGGCAAUACUGCUCUGAUUUACCAUCAUGGUAAACUUUUGGCUUUGUCCGAAGCUGAUAAACCUUAUGUUAUCAAAGUCUUAGAAGAUGGAGACCUGCAAACUCUUGGAAUGCAGGAUUAUGAUAAGAGGCUUGCACACUCAUUUACUGCUCAUCCAAAAGUUGAUCCAUUCACUGAUGAGAUGUUUACAUUUGGUUAUUCGCAAACAUCACCAUAUGUUACUUAUCGUGUCAUUACAAAGGAUGGUGUUAUGCACAAUCCAGUGCCAAUAACAAUUCCAGAACCUAUUAUGAUGCAUGACUUUGCCAUCACCGAGAAUUAUGCAAUUUUCAUGGACCUUCCUUUGUAUUUCCGACCAAAGGAAAUGGUGAAGGGAAAGUUGAUAUUUACAUUUGAUCCUACAAAGAGAGCAAAAUUUGGUGUGCUUCCACGAUAUGCUAAAGAUGAACAACUGAUUAGAUGGUUUGAUCUUCCUAAUUGCUUCAUAUUCCAUAAUGCAAAUGCCUGGGAGGAAGGUGAUGAAGUUGUUCUUAUUACUUGUCGACUUGAGAAUCCUGAUUUGGACAUGGUCAACGGAGCUGUAAAAGAUAAACUAGAAAAUUUUACAAAUCAAUUAUAUGAGAUGAGGUUUAAUCUGAAAACGGGUGCAGCUACUCAGAAGGAAUUGUCAGCACCUGCAGUGGAUUUUCCGAGGAUUAAUGAGAACUACACUGGCAGGAAACAGAGAUAUGUCUAUGGCACCAUCCUUGACAGUGUUGCAAAGGUGAAAGGCAUUGUAAAAUUUGAUCUGCAUGCUAAGCCUGAAGCUGGGAAAAAAAACCUUGAGGUUGGUGGAAAUGUGCUAGGCAUUUUUGACUUAGGACCAGGAAUAUUUGGGUCAGAGGCAGUAUUUGUGCCUCGUGAAGCUGGGAUCAGAAUUGAAGAGGAUGAUGGCUACUUGAUCUUCUUUGUACACGAUGAAAGCACUGGGGAAUCAAAAGUCAAUGUAAUUGAUGCCAAGACAAUGUCUCCUGAACCAGUGGCAGUUGUUGACCUGCCCUGCAGAGUACCAUACGGAUUUCAUGCGUUCUUCGUCAACGAGGAGCAAAUUCAGCAGCAGCAGCAGCAAUCAGAAAUAUGAUAAAAGCAGUGCCUAUAUAUAUACCAACGGAGUGAUCAGAUUACUGUUGAAAACAAAUCCGGUAAACAUCCUCAAUAAAAUGUGGAUUUGCUGUCUAUAUUAAUCAAAAACUGCUUGCUUAUUAUGUAUAGAAAUUAAACCUGCUGAUGUGCAGAAAUGUUGUAAAACAAGUGCCUGUUUUACAGGCUCUUUUUUUUUCUUAUGGAACGGGUCAUCAAUGUGUUUUGUUUUUU